AAUGCAAUUUUUUUCUCCCCCCGGUUGCCAACCGAUUCGGUCACGGCCUCGAUCCGCAGUCUUGGGCGAGCUCCUCCUCAAUUCCUUCCCCCACCCCUUUGGGUUUUCCUCCCCAAUCCGCAGCAGAGUCUGUGCGGCGGGGCGGAGAGGAGAGGAGAGCAGAGCAGCGGGGGCGGCGGCGCCGCCGCGCGGAGGAAACGAAAGGCAACCACGCACGCCGGCGGCCUGGUUGCGUGCGCCGCCGUGGUUCGUGGGGGAUCCGGUCGUCGAUUCAACCACUGCAGGGAGUAGCAGCUAGCUAGGAGAAUAUUUUCUCAAGCUCCGGUCUUGGGGCUGCAUCGGUCUUCCUGAUGUCAGGCCCAUCAUCUGCAUGUGAGGGCACCUACCUGCUGUUCCAUGGCGAGACCCUGCUCUCCGGCGGCGUCCGCGCCUCCCUCUACACCGUUGCGCUUGCAUACUGCUUCAUCGGCCUGUCCGCGAUCACCGCUCGGUUCUUCAAAUCCAUGGAGCAGAUCAUGAAGCACUCCCGGGAGGUGGUCAGCGUAGACCCGCACACGAACGCCCCCGUUGUCAAGCAAGAGAAGGUGUGGAACUACACGAUUGCGGACAUCGCCCUCCUAGCUUUCGGCACCAGCUUUCCACAGAUAUCCUUGGCUACAAUCGACGCAAUCCGUAAUCUGGGCCAGCUGACAGCAGGAGGUCUAGGUCCGGGCACUCUCGUGGGUUCUGCUGCAUUUGAUAUGUUCCCAAUCCAUGCUGUCUGUGUGAUUAUGCCAAAGGCGGGCUCUAAGAAAAAGAUCACAGACUUGGGCGUUUGGCUAGUUGAGCUGUUCUGGUCUUUCUGGGCAUACAUUUGGCUGUAUGUUAUCUUAGAGGUCUGGACACCUAAAGUAAUCACCGUCUGGGAGGCCUUGCUGACAGUCUUGCAGUAUGGAUUGCUUCUGCUUCACGCAUAUGCACAAGACAAACGGUGGCCAUAUGUGUCGAUCCCUUUGGUGAGAGGUGACAGACCUGAAGAUUGGGUUCCAGAAGAAGGCGCUUCAGUUGAUUAUGACAACUGUAAUGAAACUAGUGAGAUUCUCCCUGGAAGCUCUGAUAAGGACAUUGCGGAUAUAUUCUCUGGGCAUUCCUACCAUAAUGCAGAGUAUCAUAAAGUCCCUGAAAAUGAUAUGGAGUGCUCAUCAACAAUGAAUAAUUUUGUGAAGAACACACGAGAGGACACGUCCUGGCGUUCUCUAUGGCGGCAACAAUUUGUCGAUGCUUUUAUGUUGGAGAGCCCUGAGUCAAGGAAGAUGGCAUCCGUCUGCCUGAGGCUCAUCAGAAUAUUUUGGAACUUGCUCAUUGCACCCUGGAAACUGUUUUUUGCUUUUGUACCCCCAUAUCACAUCGCACACGGCUGGGUUGCUUUUAUAUGCUCCCUGAUUUUCAUAAGUGGUAUUGCCUAUGGUGUUACUAAGCUUACAGAUCAAAUAAGUUGUGUCACAGGAGUAAGUCCAUAUGUUAUAGCAUUCACAGCACUAGCAGCUGGAACCUCAUGGCCAGAUCUAGUUGCGAGCAAGAUAGCUGCCGAGCGUCAAGUCACCGCAGACUCUGCUAUAGCCAACAUCACUUGCAGUAACUCGGUGAACAUAUAUGUUGGCAUUGGCGUUCCAUGGUUGAUCGACACAGUGUACAACUUCUUUGUCUACCGGGAACCACUGUACAUAGACAAUGCUGCUGGUCUGAGCUUCUCCCUUCUAGUCUUCUUCGCGACUUCGUUUGGCUGCAUCACUGUUUUGGUUCUACGUCGCAUUAUAAUUGGUGCUGAGCUUGGAGGCCCUAGGCUGUGGGCUUGGAUAACAUCAGUGUACUUCAUGAUCCUUUGGAUAGUUUUUGUUGUGUUUUCCUCUCUAAGUUUAUGGAAUUAUAAAACCUGAAAAACAAAGGUAGUGGAUUUUCCUUUUUAAAUUUGAUAGUGUUGGUUUUCAUAUCCGCACACAGAAAACGCUUAUGGCGGCAAAGUAGUGUACUUCAACUAGGGAUUGUGGAUAUAUGUAUUUGAUCCAUGUAAUGAUUAUUUAAGCCAUAUAAUGUAUAUAUAGGAGAGUAUAGUGGAAGUAAUUGUGCUGGAAAGUAAAAAGAAAACAGUUGCACAAUUCUUGAAUCUCAAUUGCAGUGGUGAGUCUUGUAUGAUCACACACCAUGUAAUAUCUGAGGCUUAUGAAGUUGUGUUGCCUUU